UGAGUAGGUCAUAUGUUAAACAUAUAUGGACUUCCGUCAAGAUGGAGGCAUAGGUGGAUGUGCCGUGCCUUCUCACACAACCAAGUUUAGAGACAACUAAAUAUUAGCAACAGAAAACACAGCCAGAACACAGAAAAUUGAACUUUUCGGAAGUCCGUUAACAACAGAGUCUUCAGCCUGACCGGUAAGGGGCGAAACCAGCGGCUGGUGAAGUGGGAUUGCACAGGAGGUCUCGGUCAGCCGGACUCAGGCGCGGAAUCCAGGCGCAGGGUUGGACCUAGUGAGCGACCCAGCGAGCCACCAGAUACUUGGAUUUGAACUGCAUUUUGGAACUCAUCUACCCUUAAAAUGCCACCAGCAGUUGGAGGUCCAGUUGGAUACACCCCCCCAGAUGGAGGCUGGGGGUGGGCAGUGGUAGUUGGAGCUUUCAUUUCCAUCGGCUUCUCUUAUGCAUUCCCCAAGUCUAUUACCGUGUUUUUCAAAGAAAUUGAAGGGAUAUUCAACGCCACCACCAGUGAAGUGUCGUGGAUAUCCUCCAUCAUGUUGGCCGUCAUGUAUGCUGGGGGUCCUAUCAGCAGUAUCCUUGUGAACAAAUAUGGCAGCCGUCCCGUGAUGAUUGUUGGUGGCUGCCUGUCUGGCUGCGGCUUGGUUGCAGCUUCUUUCUGUAACAGCGUAAAGGAGCUUUACGUAUGUAUUGGAGUCAUCGGAGGUCUCGGGCUUGCCUUCAACUUGAAUCCAGCUCUGACCAUGAUUGGCAAGUACUUCUACAAGAGGCGGCCACUAGCAAAUGGACUGGCCAUGGCAGGCAGCCCCGUGUUCCUCUGUACUCUGGCCCCCCUCAAUCAGACUUUCUUUGGUAUCUUUGGCUGGAGAGGAAGCUUCCUAAUUCUUGGAGGCCUCCUCCUGAACUGCUGCGUGGCCGGAGCCCUGAUGCGACCCAUAGGGCCCCCGCCCACCAGAUCGGAGAAAUACCACGCUAAAGAGACCUUUCAGGAAGCUGGAAAAUCUGACUUGAAACAAGUGGCAGGUGAUGCAAACACAGACCUCAUUGGAGGAAACCCCAAAAAGGAGAAGCAGUCAGUCUUCCAAACAAUUAAUAAGUUCCUGGACUUUACCCUGUUCACUCACAGAGGCUUCUUGCUGUACCUCUCUGGAAACAUGAUCAUGUUUUUUGGACUGUUUGCUCCUCUGGUCUUUCUUAGUAAUUAUGGCAAGAGUAAGCAUUUCUCUAGUGAGAAGGCUGCCUUCCUUCUUUCCAUCCUGGCUUUUGUUGACAUGGUAGCCAGACCAUCUAUGGGACUUCUAGCCAACACAAAGUGGAUAAGACCUCGAGUUCAGUAUUUUUUUGCUGCUUCUGUUAUUGCAAAUGGAGUGUGUCAUCUGCUAGCACCUUUGUCUACCACCUACAUUGGGUUCUGUAUCUAUGCAGGGGUUUUUGGGUUUGCAUUUGGGUGGCUCAGCUCAGUACUGUUUGAAACCCUGAUGGACCUUGUUGGAGCGCAGAAGUUCUCCAGCGCCGUGGGACUGGUGACCAUUGUGGAGUGCUGCCCUGUCCUCCUGGGGCCGCCGCUGUUAGGUCGCUUCAAUGACAUGUACGGGGACUACAAAUAUACAUACUGGGCCUGCGGCGUCAUUCUCAUCGCCGCAGGCAUCUACCUCUUCAUCGGCAUGGGCAUCAAUUAUUGGCUUGUGGCAAAGGAACAGGAAGCAGAGAGGCAGCGGAAAAAGGAAAGAGAGGAAGAGGCCAAUGUUGAUACUGAGAAGCCAAAAGAAGUUACCAACGCAGCAGAAGCUCCAGAGCAGAAGGGCACAGAGGGGAGCCCUGCAGAGGAGGAGAGUCCAGUCUGAACCACGGGGCCGAAGGUGAAUGAGGCAGCUUGUGACCCAAGACACCGGAAAACCGUCUGGCCUGCAGCCUCCCAGUGGUGCUCAAUGCAAACAGUGGGCAUUUGCCUGGAAACCCUGCCGGGUGUUCCUUGAAGAAAUUUUUCUUUCACUCCUUACCAUUGUCCCAAAUUUAAGAUGCCAUAUCCUUUGGGGAGGGAGUGGUUGGCAGAGAAGGAGGGGAAGAAGUUGGAUUUUUUUUUUAAUCUUAGCUUUUAACAGCGUCAUGAAGAUUUCAUAUGUGCCUUAAGUUUUAGUCUUUAGAAUCUUUAGGGAGCCUUAACUUUUUCAACCAUUCUGCUGAGUUAUCUGCAUUCCGUUACAAAGAAAAAUAACUUGUUUGAAGCAAAUCUAAAAUUUAAAAUUAAUCUUGCUUCAGUGUUAUUUGUAACAUAUUGUCAGACAUUAUUACCACUGAAAGGUUGACUAGAAAUAGUGGUUGAAAGUUUUAUAAAAUCCUGGCGAAGGUAUUUUCCCAGCAUCAGUAGUUGCCUGGCCUGCUAUAUAUUUAGGAAACUUAAGGCAUAAAACCUUGGACAUAUCCUGGCUGGCUAUUCUGGACACUUGUGCUCACCAACACCCUUCCGGUACCUCUUCUUAGGAUGCUUUUUAGAAGCCCAGUUCUUGAGUUCAUUAAAUUACUAUUUUUGCACCCCUUUUCAAAGACUUUUUUGUGUGUGUGUUUAUAGAUCAUUGUCCCUUUUGAGAUCACUAAGUAUUGUUUUUCACUGUAAAAAUUAGUAUUAAAAUAUACAAAACUAUA